CCCGUGAGCUCAAGCUGCAGAGUGAGCUGACUGUCCAUGCAAGCCUAGCCCAGGCUUGUGAGAGCGAGAACCCCAGUGGUGCAGGCCAACCAGAGAAAGGGGAGCUUUAUGCCGUCUUGAGGGAAACAGUCUGCAAGGCCACGGAAACAAAGGGAGGAGCUGUUUGUAGCCCUAGACCAGACGUCUCAAACAAACAUUGCUCCCAAGGAGAUCGGCAAAAGGAAGCACCACCAUCCCUCCCUGCUCUGCUCCCUCCUCUGUCUGGGGUGUCCUCAUUUGCUGCGUUAUUACAUUUGGCCUGAGAGUUGAGCAGGACUUAAGGCUGCAGAAAGGUCAACUGGGACUGAAGUGUCUUUUCCUUCAAGAGCUUACUGAAAGCAAGCCUUCAGGUCUGGAAUGGAACUGUUCUUUCUCUCUCUUUGGUCACAUACAACAAAAACACAGAAGCUAGAGACGGAAGAGGCAUGAGCAGUCCUAAGAUUCUCUGCGGCCCAUUCAGGGAUGUCACGACAUCCUCCAUGCUUCACCUGAGGCCCUGCCUUUCCUCUGCCGUGAGGAAUUUGAUUCUGCAGAAGAAAUCAAGCAUCAGAAACACAGCCAGUAUGGCUGGGGGGCUCCGACGCGCCAGCCUGGUGGUCCUGCACAAGACUCUUGCACCUGCCUUCAAAGAGUUCUGCCAGGCCAACACUGGUCCUCUGCCCCUGCUGGGCCAAAGUGAGCCAGGAAAGUGGACACUGCCUACCCAAGAUACUGCCCCAGACACCAGGAUGGGCUGUCCCCAGUUCCAGAAAUAUGAGUUCGGCACCUGCACAGGCAGCCUGACCUCGCUGGAGGAUUAUAAGGAGCAACUGGAGGACAUGGUGGCCUUUGUCCUGGGCUACAGCUUCUCCCCGGAAGGGGCUUUGGAGAAGGUGGGGCUCCCUAGAAGACACUCGGCAGAUCCUGGCCACAUGGGUGCAUACAAGACCACUUUGCCUUGCAUGGCCACUGCUGGCUUCUGCUGCCACCUGGUGGUCACAAUGAGGCCUGUUCCCAAGGACAAGCUGGAGAGGCUGGUGCAGGCCUGUUGCUCAGAGGGUGAGCAAGGACAACCCAUUCACAUUGGAGAUCCAGAACUGUUGGGAAUCAAAGAACUUUCCAAACCUGACUUCGGGGAGCCUGCGGUGUGUCAACCGGGGGAUGUCCCAGUGUUCUGGCCUUCUCACCUGACCAGUCUUGAAGCUGUCGGCAGCUGCGAGGCCCCACUGGCUUUCACCAGCCUGCCGGAUCGCAGCAUUAUGACAGAUCUAAAGGAUCCAAGGGUUCCAGCCAGCCGUGUCACCCCGGAGAGAAUUCCAGAGGUCCACCACAUUUCCCAAGAUCCUUUGCACUACAGCAUCGCGUCAGCUUCAGCCGUUCAGAAGAUCAGAGAACUGGAGACCAUAAUUGCCGUAGACCCAGGUAAUCGGGGGAUCGGGCACCUGUUCUGUAAAGACGAGUUGCUGAAGGCUUCCCUGUCACUGUCCCACGCCCGCUCAGUGCUCAUCACCACGGGCUUCCCCACGCAUUUCAAUCACGAGCCUCCGGAAGAGACAGAUGGCCCCCCCGGAGCCAUCGCUCUGGCCGCCUUCCUGCAGGCCCUGGAGAAGGAGGUCCACCUGGUUGUCGAUCGGAGGGCCUGGAGCUUGCACAAGAAGCUCACCGAGGACGCCAUCGAGCAAGGUGUUCUGAAGACACCGAUCCCGAUAUUAACUUACCAAGGUGAGACCAUGGAAGCUGCUCAGGCGUUUCUGUGCAAAGAUGGGGACCCCAAGUCACCCAGGUUCGACCACCUGGUGGCCAUAGAGCGCGCAGGAAGGGCUGCCGAUGGCAACUACUACAACGCCAGAAAGAUGAACAUCAAGCACUUGGUUGACCCCAUUGAUGAUCUUGUCCUUGCAGCAAGGAAGAUUCCUGGAAUCUCAACAACCGGAGUUGGCGAUGGAGGCAAUGAGCUUGGAAUGGGCAAAGUCAAGGAGGCCGUGAAGAGGCACAUACGCAACGGGGAUGUCAUCGCCUGCGACGUGGAGGCCGACUUUGCUGUCAUCGCUGGUGUUUCUAACUGGGGAGGAUAUGCCUUGGCCUGCGCACUGUACAUCCUCAACUCCUGCGAGGUCCAUGGACGGUACCUGAGGAAGGCAAUCGGACCCUCCAGAGCCCUUGGGGAUCAGAGCUGGAUGCAGGCCCUGCCAUCCGUCACCAAGGAAGAAAAAAUGCUGGGCAUCUUGGUGCAGCACAGAGUCCGGAGUGGUGUCUCGGGCAUCGUGGGCAUGGAGGUGGAUGGGCUGCCCUUCCAUGGCAUCCACGCCGAGAUGAUCCAGAAGCUACUGGAUGUGACCACGAUGCGCGCGUGACCAUCUGUGUCACACGUGUGCAGAGCUCCUGCCUGUGGCUAAGCCUGCAUCUGUGGGAUGGGGGCAUCCCCAAGAGCCCCAGCUUCCCCCAUAACAGCCUUAUAAAUAAGCACUGGCCCAGGGUGAGCCUUCCUGCAGGCCUGGGGGACUGCACGCCAGCUUCCUAGGAGGGGCCCGCCUGGGCCAGAAGAUAACACAGGUGAGCAACUGCCAGGCAGAGCAAAAGAAGAGGUGACACCAAGACCACAAAGAACCUCCUAAACUAAUUAAGAGACAGUAAAAGGUACAGAUGUGGAAUACAUAUUUACGGAGAUUUGGCCUUGGGAGGUUUGCUCACCACCACCACCAAAAUAUUUAGAUCUUUGAAAUGCUUUCUUUUACAAACAGCGUUUUAUUUACUUUAGGCCAGAGAUCCCCAGAAGAACCUUACAUUUACUUCCAUUGCUUCUCCUCUGCCCCCUUCUCCCUCCCCCUCCCUGCUCACACCGCCCACUUUGGCCUCACUGCACAGGAGGGAGGAACCCUGGGAGGCAAGGGUCUGGCUCGCCCAGCCGGGCUCAGGCCACUUCCAGAGGCCUCCUGGACAUUUCUAACCAGCUGUUCCUACAUAACUCACACUGCACACGUCCCCUCAAAAUUAGGCCCUGCCUGAACCCCCAGACCCUGGCAUAGGCCCCGCACAUCCUGCACUCUGGUACACUGCUGUGUGACGCAGCUUGUCCGGACCAGGCUGUCCAGCCGCCCAGGCAGGGCCCCGGUUCACUGGGUCCGCCUCGUUUCAUUUCAUUUCCUGGAACACGUCAAAGCCGGUUCUUUAAGGGGCACCAGUUGUGAGAAGUGGACCACAUGGUGCAGACACGAACCCCAUGCUGCAGGCCCCACAGUGAGCUGGAGGACACAGGACAGCGGCCCUGGGUGAACUUCCAGCUCUCCAUACGGGGGUGAGACUCAUCCCUGGGCGACAUGGCUGGCACGGGGUCUCUGUCUUCAUGUUUUUUCCAUUCCAUGGUACAACUCCUACACAGAAUUUAAUAAAGUUUUGCUCAGUUUUGCUCAAA